ACAAAGAAUGAGGGAAGUGAAGUAAAAGCGCUGUUGGGCCUUGACCAAUCAUUUUCUAAAUGGAACGAACAUUCCGCCUCUAUCUUCUCCUCCUCUUCACGGCGGCGCUAGCGGCAGCGAAUGGCGGCGCUGAACACAACCUCACUUCAGGCGGGCUGUUAUGGUCCCCUGCCACGGAAGAGUCCGAUCUUCCCCCGGCGACUGAUGACCCCGACUCCGACGGCGGGUUUUCCUCACUCGACGGCAUGUUGCAGUGGGCUAUAAGUCAUUCUGAACCCGAAAAGCUAAAGGAAUCAGCAGAAGCUCAGCAACGACUUUCACCAAGGGAGCUAGAGAAACGUUCAUUGGAAAUAAAGGAAAUAAUGGAGAAAAUAAAGAUGCCUUCUGAUGCUGAAUUGAUGAAGAUCGCUAUAAGGGACUUGAAUAAUGUGUCUACAUCCCUGGAAGAUAGGCGCCGUGCUUUACAGGAGCUUCUUGAGCUUGUUGAGUCGUUAGAUAAUGCAAAUGAUUUAAACAAACUUGGGGGACUUGUUGCAGUUUCAAAAGAACUUAAUCACUCUGAUCCAGGUAUAAGGACAAUUGCUGCAUGGGUUCUUGGGAAAGCUAGUCAAAAUAAUCCAAUUGUUCAGCAGCAGAUCAUGGAACUUAGAGUCCUCUCAAGACUGGUGCAAAUGGUAAACUCUAAUUCCCUAGAAGAAGCCAAUAAAGCAUUAUAUGCUGUUUCAGCUUUGAUUAGGAAUAACUUGGCUAGUCAGGAGUUGUUCUAUGCUGAAGCUGGAGGAUGGAUGCUUCAGGAUAUUCUGAACAAUAUUAGUGUCGAUAUCAAACUAAGGAGGAAAGCUGUACUUCUAUUGGCUGAUCUAGCAGGGUUUCAAUUAGAAAAUGCAGAUCAAGACGAACUACCAUUUUUCAAUGACAUGAAUCUGUUGAAAUCUGUGGUUGAUUUAACUGCAUCAACCGACCUUGAUAUCCAGGAAAAGGCCCUUGUUGCGAUCAAGAGUCUCUUGCAACUAAGAACCACUGAUGCUCGGGUUUUUAAGGACUUUUGUGCUUUAGGUGAUGCACUGAACAAAAUGAGGAACUUGUUGCAUGAUUUGAUGGAGGAUGAGUAUAAGAGAGACUAUGCAAUAGAUGUUGAGAGUCUUCGUGUUGAAGUGGAACACAUUUUCGAGAGAAAGCUGGUAAAGCAAUGAUAUCAGUUGACAUCUCAUUACUGUUUUGGAGUAGAUCUUGUAUAUUGAAUAUAGUUUCUAGAGUGCAUGUUAAACUAGGGUAUUAAUAUUAAUUGGUUUAAAUAUAUUUUUAGUCUUUCAAA